UGUGGGGUGUGUAGGUUCUGGGGACCGCUGCGCUGCACGCCCCGGAGGGCCGCAGGUGAGCGGCAGAGGCUUCUAACAGCCGCCAUGGACCCUGUGGGGGCAGCAGGAGACCCCUCAGCGCCCCCGGGCCCUUUGACUCACCUGAGCCUGCCGGACAGCUCAGAGGCGCGGCUGCAGAGCGGAGCCAACGGGCGGAGCCUCGCAGGCACUUGGACCAGGUCAUCCCCAGAGCAUGCCACCAUCCUGCGAGAAGGCGUGCGAGAGUGCCUGCAGCAACAGUGUGAACAGACAGUGAGGAUCCUGCAUGCCAAGGUGGCCCAAAAGUCAUAUGGAAAUGAGAAGCGGUUCUUCUGCCCCCCACCCUGCGUCUACCUCUCCGGUCCCGGCUGGAGAGUGAAGCCGGUGCAGGGCCAAGCUCACCAGGCAGGAGAGACCGGGCCUACGGUCUGCGGUUACAUGGGACUGGAUGGCGCGUCUGGCAGCGCAGCUGAAACGCAGAAGUUGAAUUUCGAGGAGCAGCCAGACUCCAGGGAAUUCGGAUGCGCCAAGACCCUGUACAUCUCGGAUGCGGAUAAGAGGAAGCACUUUCGGCUGGUGCUGCGGCUGGUGCUCCGCGGGGGCCAGGAACUGGGCACCUUCCACAGCCGCCUCAUCAAGGUCAUCUCGAAGCCCUCGCAGAAGAAGCAAUCGCUGAAAAACACUGACCUGUGCAUAUCCUCUGGCUCAAAGGUCUCCCUCUUCAACCGACUGCGCUCCCAGACGGUCUCCACACGCUACCUCUCUGUGGAGGACGGGGCCUUUGUGGCCAGCGCACGACAGUGGGCAGCCUUCACACUUCACCUGGCUGAUGAUCACUGUUCCCAAGGGGAUUUCCCACCUCGAGAGGGCUACGUGCGCUAUGGCUCCCUGGUGCAGCUCGUCUGUACUGUCACUGGCAUCACACUACCUCCUAUGAUCAUCCGAAAAGUAGCCAAACAAUGCGCACUCCUCGACGUGGAUGAGCCCAUCUCCCAGCUGCACAAGUGUGCAUUCCAGUUUCCGGGGGAUCCCCCAGGAGGGAGUGGCACCUACUUAUGCCUUGCCACAGAGAAGGUGGUGCAAUUUCAGGCCUCUCCCUGUCCCAGGGAGGCGAACAGAGCGCUGCUCAACGACAGCUCUUGCUGGACCAUCAUCGGGACGGAGUCGGUGGAGUUCUCCUUCAUCCGCAGCCUGGCGUGCACGCGCGAGCCGGUCACCCCGGUGCCCCUCAUUAGCACCCUAGAGCUGAGUGGCGGGGGCGAUGUGGCCACGCUGGAGCUCCACGGAGAAAACUUUCACGCGGGACUCAAGGUGUGGUUCGGCGACGUGGAGGCAGAAACCAUGUACAGGAGCCCGCGGUCCCUGGUGUGUGUGGUGCCUGACGUAGCGGCCUUCGGCUGCGACUGGCGCUGGCUGCGCGCCCCCAUCUCGGUGCCCGUGAGCCUGGUGCGCGCCGACGGGCUCUUCUACCCCAGCGCCUUCUCCUUCACCUACACCCCCGAGUACAGCGUCCGGCCGGGCCCCGCCGGCGCCUCCGAGCCCGCAGCCGCCGACGCCGACGCGCUCCUGGACAGCAUCCACCACGAGUUCACGCGCACCAACUUCCACCUCUUCAUCCAGACCUAGGCACGGCCUGAGCGCCGCAGCUGCCCUCGCCGGGGUCUGUGCCCAGGCCCGGGGCGGGCUGCUUUGGUGGGUCUUUGGCCCAGCUUUCUUGUCCCUUUGCUGCGGGAGCCUCACACUGUCGCCCCCUCCUCUCGUGCGUACAGGAAAACACAACCCGAGAGAAGCUCUUUCUGUGUCUAAGGAGUGCGGCUCCCCCUGCCUUUCUCUCUUCUCCACCUCUAAAUCAGUAUGAGCCCCCUGGCUCAGCGCCUGUUGCUCAGUGGUUAGGGUGCCAGCCACAUGCACCGGGGCUGGUGAGUUGGAACCCGGCCUUGCCCGGGCCUGCUAAAUAAACAAACAGAAACAGCCGGGCAUUGUGGCGGGUGCCUGUAGUCCCAGCUACUUGGGAGACUGAGGCAAGAGAAUCGCUUGAGCCCAAGAGUUGGAGGUUGCUGUGAGCUGUGACGCCACAGCACUUUACCAACAUAGUGAGACUCUGUCUCAAAAACAAAAAGUUGGGCCCCCUUCCCGCCUCAGUAAGUUCAUCCUGCAGAUGUCUCCCUCU